AUGGCAGAACUAAGCGAGGCUGAGGCUCUGGCCACCCCCGAGUUUUGGAAUCAGCGUUAUACCAAGUCGGACGGCUCACAUCCGACCCACGAAUGGUUCCGCACAUUCGAAGCCCUCGAGCCGUUCUUUGAGAAGCAUCUCUUUUCCCAGCGUCGCCCUGACACCUCCCCGCGUAUUAUGCACCUCGGAUCCGGGGAUAGUACCAUCCCCGCAGACCUUUCGGCACGCGGUUACAAGAACCAGCUCUGCCUAGACUUUUCCACUGUCGUCGUCGACCUCAUGAGACAACAACACGCUGACUUGGCCGGCAUCGAGUGGAAAUGGGCCGACGUCCGCGACAUGCCCGAUGCCGCGCCGACUGCGUCUGUCGACAUCGCUUUUGAUAAGGGUACCCUCGACGCCAUGAUCCAUGGGAGUCCGUGGUCGCCUCCAGUCGACGUUCGUGAGAACACGGCCAAGUACCUCGGCGAGGUCCACCGCGCCCUCAAGGACGACGGGGUGUUUCUGUACAUCACUUACAGACAGCCUCACUUCAUGCGGCCGCUGUUAAAUGCCGAUGAUCUUUGGGACAUGGACAUGGAUGUCCUCUCUGGCGGGGAGAGUGCGUUUGAUUACUAUGGGUUCAUACUGAGGAGGAAAAAGAAGAAAAACGACAUAUAG